CUUUCUCUUUCUUCUCAGUUCUCAGCUCUCACCUAUAAAUCCGUCAGCUUCGUGCCAACACUUCAUUCCAUCUGCAAGCUAAGCACUACACCUAGAAGCUGAACACACACCAGAUACAAAUUAAACUGCAGUUCUCUGAACUUCCAGCCAAGAAAAGCAGGAGAAGCAAGCAGCCAUGGUCAGCGCCAAGAGACUCGUUCAGAUGGCGAAGAAGUGGCAGCGAAUGGCUGGCCUGGCGAGGAAGCGGAUCACAUCGGCGCCGGCAAAGGAAACCGAAGGGCCCUGCAGCACGUCGACGUCGGUGGCCGGCAAGGGUUGCUGCGUCGUGUACUCGGCCGACGGCCGGAGGUUCGAGGUCCCGCUGGCGUACCUCGGCACGGCGGUCUUCGGCGAGCUCCUGAACAUGUCGCAGGAGGAGUUCGGGUUCGCCGGCGAUGAUGGCAGGAUCACGCUGCCCUGCGAUGCUGCCGUGAUGGAGUACGUGUUGUGUUUGCUCAGAAGAGACGCAUCGGAAGAGGUCGUGAGGGCGUUCCUGAGCUCCAUGGCGAGGCCUUGCCACUAUGGAAAUGGCUUGGCGCAAUCUAUGGGUGUUAGCCAGCAAGUAGCUGUUGCUAGCUUCUGAAGAUCAGCUAUAAGAGAUUGUUUUCUUUUUUCUUGCAUGGGAUAUGUAAAUACAUUGUUAGAAACUGGAAAAUAUAUAUGAUUGUUUCAAAAAGGAAACGGAACAGAGAUAUGCAGUUAUGCACUA